AUGGCUUCAGCUCCGUAUGUCGACCCCGAACACCCGUCCGGCUUUACCCCCCUUGGAUCGGAUUCACUAGCAGUCCCAUCUUGGUUGGAGUAUCAUGCGCUGACCCAUUUCCAUCUUUCCAGGUCGCUCAAGGAGCUCACGAAAGCCAUCCAUGACUACCUACCAACUGCCACCUUACCCUUACCGGACGGUAUCGUCGAGAUAAUCGAACGCUAUCUGAGCAAAAACGAGGACAAGUUCGACGAGCACGCUUCCGAAAAGCUCAACGAUGAAUUACUCUCCAUAUACAAGAAAAAUGUUGCCAGCGUGCCUGCUCGUUAUGCGGCGUUCAUUGCAAUACUUCGUUGCCUGCGUCCGCUCAUAGGGCAGCCAGCUCAAGUCUUAAACUGGGUUGAAAUGCUCGUACCAGCGCUUGACUAUCUAAGUCAGGAGAAAGGACUCGCCGCUGAGAUCCGAAACGUCGUAUUGGACAUCCUUCUCGCCGACCAUGACAACGAUACGAGUUCGCCAACUGGAGGUGGCGCAAUGCGUCUUGCCGAACGAAUCAUGAUUCUCUGGUUCGACGAGUGCGAUGCCAUGCGCAGAAUUACCGACCCAGUUCAGGAUACCAAAGAGAGGCACUUGAAAGAGACUUUGAUGUCGUACGGGAAGAAACAUCCCAAGGAUUUCAUGACGCUUGUGGACCAGUUCAUUUGCAAGAAGGCCCAUCGAGCAAAUGCUCUAUUGCUGCUCUCACAAUUCGUACAAAGUCAACCACCUCAUCUGUAUCUGAUACUCCAAACACCGCUCUUCGGUAGCCUGCUCAAAUGUCUCCAGUGGGAUACGUCCACCACCAUCAUGUCCCUAGCUCUGACGGCAUUGACAAUGAUUCUCCCACACGUGCCAAGUUCGCUAGUUCCUCAUCUGCCCACGCUGUUUAAUAUAUAUGCGAGGCUGCUAUUCUGGGAGCGAGGGCUGGCUACUCAGAUAGCAGCCGAUACUAAGAAGGAACGAAGAAUGUCUCACAACACGCUUGUUUGGGCGAAAUGUGACUACUCGCCAGAGUCUGACGAAUCAAGCAUUCCACAGCUACUGAACUACUUCACGAUACUCUAUGGCUUAUACCCCAUCAACUUCAUGGACUAUAUCAGAAAACCGCAGAGAUAUCUACGGCAUGCCGAGGUCCCAGAUGCCGAUGAUAUUGAGGUUCAGCCAACCGAGAUUCGCUACGCGUCCGAGCGCUUCCGCCAAUGCCAUCUCCUCCACGAGAACUUCUACACUCUCACAAUCGAUUCUGAAAAGACAGAUUUCGGACGGUGGAUCAAAAGCGAGCCGGCUGAAGUCGUUGCGAACUGCGUUGCUCUGUGCCAAUUUAUGGAGCCAACCACCGACCACGGCACCCUUGACUUUUCUCAUAUGAGCGCACCGGACAGAGACGUGGAUGAAAUGGAUGGACACGAUGAUGCUCUACUGAGUAGCUCCUUCAAUAUUGGGAUGGAUUUAUUUAGUGACGCAGAGGGAGAAAGCCCGCGUGAUAUGAAAUCGCCGUUUGCUGAGUUGACGUCCGCAAACCAAAGUCAAUCAACGAUGAUACGUCAACCGUCUCAAAGCAGUCACAAGUCAAAUCGAGAUUCUACAAGCACCAAGCCAUCUGGGAAUGGCGGCGAGAGCCCGACUCUCGUCCGGUCCAUGGCCACUUCUGGGUCACAUACCCAGUUGCAGGAUUUGAUCAACUCCAACAAGGCAGUGAAGUCAGGGUUACACCAGACGCUUACAAACGACAGUGUUCCAUCCCUCUCUUUAAGCCAUCAUGACUCAAUCUCCGAGAGACCGCUAUCUCAGCUGCGUCCAAAAGUGCAGGCAGGAAACGCCCCGUCGUCUGCUACGGACACCAGCAGCGGUACUGAGAAGAUGUAUCGCUUCAUUCUGAUCAUGUAUAAUGAUCUGAUAUUUGAGAGAUUCAUGAAGCAGCAACACCUGACGCACAUAGGUGAACUGCGGAGGCGGCAUGUCAAGGAAGCAGCAAGCGAGGCCGAGACUCAAAAUCUCAUCAUAGCAAACCGUCAUCUCAAGCAACGCCUUGAAGAUGCGACGAACGGCAAGGUACGAGCGAAGACUGAAGCAGAGAAGAGUCGAACACUGGCAAAGAAGUGGGAAGGGGACCUCUUGGGCAAGUUGAAGACACUGAGGGAAGAGCAGAGGAAGUGGAAUGCUGAAGGGGCAGCUUUGCGGACUGAUCUAGAGGCAGCGAAGGACGAGGCAGAGAAGCUGCGGAAAUUAUUGUGCGAAGCCGAAGUCAGAGAACUGGGCUGGAAGCAGAACAUGCAGUCGGUCGAAAUCAGUGUCGGCGAGCUGGAAAGACUGAGAAAGGAGGUCGCAAGAUUAACCGAGUCCGAGCGAAACUACCAGGCCAAGGAGGCGGAUCGUCAAGCUGCAAUGACACGAGCAGCAGAAGCAGACAGUCGCGCCGAGAUGCUCACAAUGAAGUUGAAGGCUUGCGAGUCUGACCAUCAGCAAACCCACGAUCAAUACCAGUCUCAGGUUGUCGUCCUAAAUGCAAAGCUACAGGACGCCCUUAAGGGCAGCGCCGAACGACGCGCGGAGAACCUCAAGACACAGCUAGACGAGGCUCUGGCAGCGAGCCGCGCUCAGCAGACGGAGUUGAAGAAACGCGUUGCGGAUCUCACAAGUAAGAAUACAGCCUUGCAUGCAUCGGUAUUGGAACUGCAGGCAGCAAUCUCUAUCCCGGCUCGCUCCAAGUCGGACGCUCGCCUGUCUACAGAUCCCGACGUUAGGCUUUCUGCUGAGUCGGGAAGCCCAUUGAGUUACAGAAAUCGCCGGGGGUUUUCCGCAUUCUCAGACUCGGAGAAUUUGGAGGCGACAUCGUUCAAUGAAACACCACCGCUGGAGCUGUUCAGCACGAGCAGAUCGGCAAGCAACACAGGCAGACCAUCAACGUCGCUGGGGAGCGAGGGAAUCUCGGCGAGUAAGGGCAGCCUCACAUGGCAAGGUGACCUGGCGAAUCCGCGCAAGGACAAGAAGGACAAGAAAGACGACAAGGAGCGGAAGAAGUCGACGGGCUUACGUGGGAUCCGAGGUUUUGGGGUAUGA